CACCUCGUUGAAAGACUUUGACAGUGAAGAUGAGCGGAAGAGGCAAAGGAGGAAAAGGACUCGGUAAAGGAGGCGCUAAGCGUCACCGUAAAGUCCUCCGUGAUAACAUCCAGGGAAUCACCAAGCCCGCUAUCCGCCGUCUGGCUCGCCGCGGUGGAGUGAAGCGUAUCUCCGGUCUGAUCUACGAGGAGACCCGCGGAGUGCUGAAGGUGUUCCUGGAGAACGUGAUCCGUGAUGCCGUCACCUACACCGAGCACGCCAAGAGGAAGACGGUGACCGCCAUGGAUGUGGUGUAUGCUCUGAAGAGACAGGGACGCACCCUCUACGGAUUCGGGGGUUAAACUCUGACUGGCAACCAAAACCAAAGGUCCUUUUAAGGGCCACACACUCUAUUUAAAGCGCUGACUU